AUGGCCUCGGCGAUAUUCUUCCUAGAUCUCAAGGGCAAGACCCUUCUUGCCCGCAACUACAGAGGUGACAUUCCCAUGUCCGCCGUCGAAAAGUUCCCCGUCCUCCUAUCCGACGCCGAAGAAGAAUCAUCCGCCGUACCGCCAUGUUUCUCCCACGAAGGCAUCAAUUAUCUCUACAUCCGCCACAACAACCUCUACCUCCUCGCCCUGACCAAGCGCAACACCAACGCCGCCGAAAUCCUCCUCUUUCUGCACAAAAUCGUCGAAGUGUUCACCGAGUACUUCAAAGCGCUGGAAGAAGAGUCCAUCCGCGACAACUUCGUCAUUAUAUACGAACUGCUCGACGAGAUGAUGGACUUUGGCUACCCGCAGACCACGGAGUCGAAAAUCCUCCAAGAAUAUAUCACCCAAGAAUCGCACAAGCUGGAAAUCCAAGCACGGCCCCCUAUUGCCGUCACCAAUGCUGUGUCUUGGCGCUCAGAAGGUAUCCGGUAUCGCAAGAACGAGGUGUUCUUAGAUGUAGUCGAGAGUCUGAACCUGCUUGUCAGCGCGGACGGCAAUGUAUUGAGAAGCGAGAUCCUCGGCGCCAUCAAGAUGAAGUGCUAUCUAAGUGGAAUGCCGGAGCUACGACUAGGUCUCAAUGACAAAGUCAUGUUUGAAACCACCGGGAGGACCACGCGCGGAAAGGCCAUUGAGAUGGAAGACGUCAAGUUCCACCAGUGCGUUCGUCUGGCGCGCUUUGAAAACGACCGCACAAUCUCAUUUAUCCCACCGGACGGUGAAUUCGAACUCAUGUCAUACCGUCUGAACACCCAGGUCAAGCCCCUCAUCUGGAUCGAAUGCGUCGUCGAAUCCCACUCCGGCUCCCGCAUCGAGUACAUGCUCAAGGCACGCGCGCAAUUCAAGCGCCGCAGCACAGCCAACAACGUCGAGAUCAUCGUCCCUGUCCCCGACGACGCCGACUCCCCACGCUUCCGGACAAACAUUGGAUCCGUGCACUACGCACCCGAACAGAGCGCCAUUGUAUGGAAGAUCAAGCAGUUUGGUGGUCAGAAGGAGUUCCUCAUGCGUGCAGAACUGGGUCUACCGAGUGUGAGGGGUGAUGAUGAACACGGCGGCGGCAUGACGGGUGGAUUCGGUGGCAGUAUGGGUGGUGUGAGCGGCAUGGGGAAAGGGGCAAAGCGGCCUAUUCAAGUCAAGUUUGAGAUUCCGUACUUUACAACAAGUGGUAUCCAAGUGCGGUAUCUGAAGAUUACAGAACCAAAGCUGCAAUACCCGUCAUUGCCAUGGGUCAGAUACAUUACUCAGUCUGGCGAUAUUGCCGUGCGACUACCAGAUGCUGUUUAG